UGUGUGUGUGUCUCUGUGUGUGUGUGUGUGUGUGUGUGUGUGUGUGUGUGCGUGCGCGUUGUAUCUAAGUCCUGUGUGCAAUAAUGUUUUUCUGUCUGCUGAGGCUUACUUCUCCAGCCUAUUGUUUGAGACAACAGAUAUAAGUUGCGAUGGGAGAGGAGCGUCGGAUUUGGUGUGUAUCCCCCAUUUCCAAUUAUAGAUGGAUCAUUACAGACAGCGGAGUCCUGAGAAACCAGACAUCUGCUCCUCACAUGAAUGCACUCACCUCCUAGAGACCAGGCUGCGAUCAUGCUCUGGAAACUCGUGGAGAAUGUCAAGUACGAAGACAUCUAUGAGGACCGGCACGAUGGCGUCCCAAGCCAUAGCUCGAGACUCUCUCAGCUGGGCUCUGUGUCCCAAGGACCCUACUCAAGCGCCCCGCCGCUGUCCCACACGCCAUCAUCGGACUUCCAGCCACCCUACUUCCCGCCCCCCUACCAGCCGCUACCCUACCACCAGAGUCAAGACCCGUACUCCCACGUCAACGAUCCCUACUCCCUGAACCCUCUGCACCAGCCCCAGCAACACCCGUGGGGGCAACGGCAACGGCAGGAAGUGGGUUCAGAAGCCGGCUCUCUCCUGCCCCAGCCCCGGGCAGCCUUGCCCCAGCUUUCUGGCCUCGACCCCCGAAGGGACUACCACUCUGUCCGCCGGCCGGACGUGCUGCUGCAUUCCGCACAUCACGGCCUGGACGCCGGCAUGGGCGACAGCCUCUCGUUGCACGGCCUUGGGCAUCCGGGCAUGGAAGACGUGCAGUCAGUUGAAGAUGCCAAUAACAGCGGCAUGAACCUAUUGGACCAGUCAGUCAUUAAAAAAGUUCCUGUCCCUCCCAAAUCUGUGACUUCUCUAAUGAUGAAUAAAGAUGGCUUCUUGGGAGGAAUGUCAGUCAACACCGGCGAGGUAUUUUGCUCAGUCCCAGGCCGUUUAUCUCUACUCAGUUCAACAUCAAAGUACAAAGUUACUGUGGGUGAAGUUCAGAGAAGGCUCUCGCCCCCUGAAUGCCUCAAUGCGUCUCUCCUGGGCGGCGUCCUCAGAAGAGCCAAAUCGAAAAAUGGGGGGAGAUCCUUGAGAGAAAGGCUAGAAAAAAUCGGUUUGAAUUUACCCGCGGGCAGGCGCAAAGCAGCAAAUGUCACGUUACUCACCUCGCUGGUAGAAGGGGAAGCUGUUCACUUAGCUCGGGAUUUUGGGUAUAUUUGUGAAACAGAGUUUCCUGCUAAAGCCGUGUCCGAGUAUUUGAACAGACAGCACACGGACCCCAGUGACCUGCACUCCAGAAAGAAUAUGCUGCUGGCCACCAAGCAACUUUGUAAAGAAUUUACGGAUCUGCUGGCUCAGGACCGGACACCGAUUGGAAACAGCCGGCCCAGUCCCAUUCUGGAGCCGGGCAUCCAAAGCUGUCUCACGCACUUCAGUCUCAUCACGCACGGCUUCGGUGCCCCGGCCAUUUGCGCUGCGCUCACGGCCCUGCAGAACUAUCUCACCGAGGCGCUCAAAGGCAUGGACAAGAUGUUCUUGAACAACACCAGUAACAGGCACACGUCUGGGGAAGGCCCAGGUAGUAAAACUGGCGACAAGGAGGAGAAACACAGGAAAUGAAAAAAAAAAAAAAAAUUAAAGAGAAGGAAAAUGUUUUAAAUACAAAAGGAAAACAAAAAAAUAAAUUUAGCUUUAACAUAUUGGAUUGGCUUUGGAAGAAUUAUAGUAGGUAGAAUACACAUACAAUCAAAAUUUAAAAAAGAAAGCUAAAUAACUUAAAAAAAUAAACUGAGGCAUACAACGGAGCAACAAACCGGCUCUCGUGUCUAUUUCAAGAUACACGUGGAGACAACCGUCCGGAUUUUCCACUUCGGUUCUUUCGAGUUUAGUAAUACAGAUAAUAAAAGAAAACUAUGAAUCCCCCUUUUGGAAAAUAAAACGUGAGACUAAACAUGAGAACACGCUAACUUAUUGGAAGAAAAUUGGAGAAACGUUGGUGUCAAUGCUUUUGAAAGCUGGUUGACUGAGACGCACGAACUUUAAAAUUUUUAAUUUUAAUUAUUAUUAUUAUUAUUUUGUAAGGAAACGCUCGCACUCCGCGCCCUCCAUUUCUCCUCACUCUCUUCACCGCUGAUCCCCUUUCUCCCCUCCUCACAGCGUUCCCGGGAACCUGCUGGGUGAUCACGAGUGUGAUUAGCUUUCUGACGUUAGCCCCUUUGGUAUCCAGACCGCGCCUUGCGUUCCUAACUCCCCUGUGCCCAGCUCCCUCCUCCCCGUCACCCCCACCCCCGCCCCGGUGUGUUUAAUUAGGGAAGCCAAGGGUGGGGGAGGGGGACAGGCGGAGGCUCUAGCUUUUGAUCCGGGCUUGAGAGCCAAGGCUCCUGCGGCAGAGGAAACCGAUAAGUUGAUUCAUCACGGUUCCUUUCAGAAAAUGUUACUAGUUUCCCAGACGUGACAGCACCUGUUCACAGAGAAUAUUACAUUUGUUAUACUUGUGUCAUCUAGAAGUAUAGUUUAAAAAGAAAAGAAAGAAAAAAACAAAACAUGAAAAUUUUGAUUAGUAUGUAAUUCCUUCGGAGGGGUAUGUACCAUUUACUCUCUUCUGUUUCCCAAAGCUUUACCCGCAUGGUUUAUGAGCUUCUUCAAAGAAGACUUGGGCUUCCUACACAAUCUAUAAGGUACUGAGAAAAAAAAAAAAAACCUGAUCCUUUUUUUUAAAGUUAAAGCCUGCGUGUCAGAUUCGGCAGGUUUUACUUCUUUAAAGAAGCUCAAAGAGAAUCAUUUAGGAAGUGGCCAGUGUUGGGGGAGAGCGGAUUUGGAUUUCUUGCUAACACACCUCAACGCGGGAAUUCAGCAGGGGAGGGGCACUGCCGAAUGCAUUUUAAGGGAGUCAGGAAGGUGUCUUGCUUUGGAACCUAUAUUCUAACGGUAUUGUCUUUUCUGGAAAAAUGGAUUCCAUUUCCUUGGGCUCUUUGGGGACCGUUGUUUUAAUGGGGAAAGGAGCAUUAUGAUGUGAUUAGGGAAGACAGUCAACAAACUACCAUGACUCUGCUUUAUGAAUGAAACAGUUUUCCUUCUCAGACAUACAGGUGUUUGGCACAAAAUGGUGUACACACACACACACACACACACACACACACACCAAAAAGCACAAAGAAAAGGGAACGAACUUGUAUUUCAGCUUUGAAUUCCUGUCUAGGUUUAUUGGGAAUAUUCCCAAUGGAUGACGUUCCAUGCAUUUAAUGCAUCUCUCUUCUCUUAGUCCAACUUUUUACUAUACCCCAUAUUACCAUAAAGUAAAACCCGCACCUUCAGCAAGACCAAGAAGUAGAGUAUUUGAUUGGUGCACACAUUUAGUUUGGGUACACGUGGUUUUUUUUUUUUUUUUUUUUUUAACCACCUAGACCGGAUCUUUAUAAAAUCCGUUGGGAUAUACAUUCAAAUGUUUUCCGUGAUUUACAGACAGUCUCUUCCCCCAAUAGUCUGGACUCUCAGUAUUCCUAUUUUGUUUCAAUCCACUUUGAAGCAAGGGAAGGGGUUGAAGUUUUAGGGACCCUCUGCGGGCAUUGCUCAAAGGAUUUUAUUUGAGGAAAAAGAGAGUCAGUGGGUUUGAGGUCCGUGAAGCUGGUAAAAAAAAAUUGAGGUCAGGCAACAUCUCUCCUAUCUCUAGCUGCUUCUGAGCCUCAUAGGUUUUCAGGACAAAGCCCUAGACAAACUAAAGGAAGUAGAAAGGGCAGGGAAAAAGACAUUGUGUGAACUAUAGACUCUCAUCUCUCCUCAGUUUAGAAGCCCACCCCUUUGUCCGAGAGCCUGGACACUAGCAUUAGUUGAAUUCUGAUUGCACAAGGCCCGAAGAAAACACAUUCAAAAACAUCGUCUCCUUUCCUUGCAGGGCAACGCGCCCCACGCGUGUGACAUCGAGAGACGCGAUGGAUGCGCCUUGCUCUUACUGUGCAGGUCCUGGGAACAUGUGGGCCCACUGAAACCCAGUGGUGUUGAGGACAUAGAAUCAGCAGCUGCUGGGGCCGCAAGCCGCAAAGGCCCUUCUUGCUCUCGGCCUCACCCUAAGGGCUAACUAAGGCAGCCGAGAAAGGCCGGUUCCCGAGUGGGUAAAGGGGCGGCGCCCCACUGGCUGCUGGGGGGUGGGAUCCCAGAGCUCUGUAAAGCCCUUUUGCCCCAAGCGGUCACUCGGGGCCCUACUUUCAGAGACGUUGUAGCUUGGAAAAGUCCAAGGAAUUUGAAACUUCCAUGUGUUCUUUUAUUGCCAGGGAGGAAACUGUCCACACCCUUACUCUCCCGAAGUGUGGACAUGAAAUAAGAACUGUCAUUCUUGGGUAGGUAGGCUCCCUUAGACGCCCUGGUGUUCCUGUGAGCAUCCCCGAAGGUGCAGCUAGAUAGACCUGGCUUGAGCUCCCCCUCCCCCACCUCUGGGGUCGUCUUCUAUUUCUGUUCUCUUUCUCUCUCACGUCGGACCUUUCUGCCCCCAUGCUUUCCUUAGCCAAGCCCACUACAUUUAUCUGAUAAUUGAGUUAUUAAAAGAUUUGGUUUCCUUGGGUUUAUAAAUCAAUAAACAGUAGGAUUAACGCAAGAGUUUGCCUUUUAAGUCAAGGAAAACGUUUAAGGCCAGGCCCUUUGAGUUUUGUUUUCAAACCAAACAGGUGAGUUACAGUCCUACCCUCUACCCUGCAUUCUGUAUCUAGGCCUGAGUCCCCCCAUCCCCCCCCCACUAAAUAUUCCAAAACAAACUAGCUAAAGACUGAAGAGGAAGCCUUUGGCUGUUGGAGUUCCCCCAGGUUCUUGGAGCCCCUUCUUUUUGAAUCAAGCAUUCUCCUACUUUUAUUCUGUAUCUCAUGGAUUCCCUCUCUAGAGACCUUUACCUUUCCUCCCAACUAGGAAGUAGCUUUCUUUUCUUCCUUUCACCGACUUCUCUUGCAUUCCCCUCCCCUUCCCCACCCCGCCUUUUCCUCCCCACUUAUGCCCCAAACCUACCUCUUCACCUUUAGCUUUCUCCACCCCCAUUUUAAAGAGCUCAACAGGCUUUCGAAGAUCCGACUUUUGUUGUCAUUGGCCAAGGAACGUUCUCUUAAGCAAUUAUUUCAUAGCCUAUGGAAACUGGUUGAAUGGAAAACCCCAGGCCCCCCACACACAACUUUUCUACACACUUCCUUCAUGGUUACAAUACCUUCCAUAGUUAGAGUAUUGAUAGAAUCCUGUACUUGUAAUACAUUCUUUGCGAAGGAACUGAUGACCUUAAACCAUCAGACACUGCCUCAAGAGCUCUGAGAAACAAGAGCUCCCCUCCUUUGCUGAUGUAUAUUAAAUUAUUGGUAAAAGAAAAAGAGUAUUGGAAUUUGUUUUCUUUUAAAAAACAAAACAAAACAAAAAAAACCGAGUGAACACCAUUUCUUCUUUAAAUGCAAAAAUUGAUUCUCCUUUUGAGAUGGCCUCUACUUCAGUACCAUUUGUUUUGACCAUCCAGUCAAGAGGUACCAGCUGCCUCUUCUCGAGAGCACUCUGGAGGGUACCCGUGUUAAGUUUGUAUAUAUUUAUUUAUGCUUAAUUUAAUGGGAAUGUGUAAAUAUGAUGAGCAAGUAGUUUGGGAUUAUUUAUCUGUGAAUCCAUACCUCUGUGAAUGGGUGGUUUAAAAGAAAAAGGAACCGCUUGACCCUAGCUAGAAUCCUACCUGAAUUUUUCUGUUCUUUAUAGACAAGCUGUUAUGGUAUUGGGUAGAAAUUGGUUUUAUUGUCCAGUGUUAAUCUGACUUACAUAAAUAAAAAAGAUUGUUGUGUUUUUGUUGUGUUCUCCUCUUCAGUUCCUUAAACAUGGAGACUGUUUCAUUCUACAGACAGAAAAGAGAUAUAGCAAAGAAGCACACCCCCCACUGAAGUACAUACAGUGUUUUUUGUUACAACAGAAAUACAAUAAAUUUUGCUUAUCAGAAAAAUGAACACUUGAACACUUUCGUUUCCAGUAGGAGGUGCUUUUUUUUUUAAACUUUAAAAACUUCAAAUGGAUACUAGUCCCAAUCUUAUUUGUAAUAAAAGUUCAUAUUAACUG